AUGGACGGUGUCACAUGCACAUCCUGCAGAGUGAUACUCACUUCCCAAGACGAACAAAGAGAACACUACAAAUCCGAUUUCCACCAAUACAACUUGAAAAGAAAACUAGUUAAGCUUGACCCUGUUUCUCUCGAGAUCUUCACUGCAAAAAAAGCAGAAGCUGAAAAAAUAUCCACAGAAGUUCAUUUCCAAUGCAUUUGCGCAUGCUGUCAGAAACAAUUCAAUACAGCCAAAGCUUAUCAGAAGCAUAUAGAAGCAAAAAGAAAAAGAGAAAGUAUGAGUGAGUCUCAGGCCGAAUACAACCCUUUGCUGGCUUGCUUAUUUUGUGGUGUCUCAAGCUCAAACUUGGACAAUAACUUAAAACAUAUGAUGCAAGAGCAUGGGUUUUUCAUUCCUGACGUUUUAUAUGUGAACAAUGUGGAAGCUAUGAUGGCUUAUUUACAAAAAAAGGUCAGAGAAGGCAUGAUUUGUCUAUACUGCAAUAACAAGGGGGUGAAUUUUAACAGCCCUCAAGCAGUUCAACAGCAUAUGAGGGAUAAGCAGCACUGCUUUAUAAACACAGAGGAUGAUGAAGAAGAAUAUGAAGAAUUUUAUAAUUGGGCAAACAGUGAUGAAGAAGGAGAAGAGGAAGAAAAAGAGUCUGGAAACACUAUGCUGCUGCAUAGAAAUAGAAUCACUGCUGAAAUAACUAGCACUGGAGAAUUGAGGCUUGAAAAUGGGAAAAUUCUUGGAACUAAAGAAUUUGCAAGAUACUAUAAGCUAUCCUUAAUUUAUGAUCAGAAUUCUGGUAGGUAUAAGACUUGCUCGCCACUUGCUCCAUCUCAGCCUUCACUUUUUAUGCUCCAGCAUCUUCUUGACCCUCUGCAGGAUGCCCGUGGUCAAGUGCUGUGGCAGGAUGCUAUAAAACAGUACUACAGGCCAAGACCUCAAUAUCAGCAGCAGCUCAAAGCAGUACUUGCAGAGGAAUACAAGUCUUUAGCGAUUUGCACAUCAUGGCCUCAGGCUCCAAAAGACAGAGUUCAACAAGCCAAAGAUACGCUAGCAGUCGAUCUCAGACAAGGGAUGAAAAACAACCACUUAAUGAAGCAUUUCAGGUCACAAAAUCCGCUUUAA